UUACAUGUCUAGUAAUUACCUCUUGACGUGCUCGCUUAAUUCGGUAGAAAAAUUGAAAAGCUCGGUUCAACAGCAAACAAAGGGCAGUGGAGCAUGCGAAUGAUAUUGUGCUUGUUUACGCAAUUAUUAUCGAUGAAAACUGCCGCGAACAAUUACUCAGACAAUUGCCUAGCAGCUGUUCAUGGUUGAACUGGCAACAGACAAAAAUUUAAACGAACUGUGCAUUUUCGCAGUUCAGAGCAGUAGCUCAAGUGCCACCAUUUAUCAGAGGUGAAAUUUUCCUCUAGAAUGCUUCGAAGACGAGGUUCUGCGCCAGCCGUCGUGCUACAACAACAUUUCGCGGAAUCAAAAGGGGUCAUCUUGAGAGCGGACCGCAUAAUCCCUCCUUUAGAAACGCAGAAAUUGUCCAAGGCUAAACGAGGUAAGAAGGAUUUCGCGGAAAGGGGUUGCAGCCCUCCACCACAAGUUCCUUCGUCCCCGGACAGAAAGACUAACGAAGCGCGUUACAGUGGUGACUAUGACAGCCCAUCACCCAGAUGUCCGAGUCCGCCUGGAUCGCCAAGCUCCCCAGUAUUAAGUAAGAAACCAAUGAAAUAUCGAUCAAGGAGAAGAGACAGCGAGCCUUUUGUGGGUCAGCCACCCGCGUCGUUAAAUUCGCGCAACACGACAUCGAGUUCGUUACACAGAAGAAGCAGCUCGUUCAGAGAUUAUAACAUUGUUCUUCUUGGACAGGGAGGUGUUGGGAAAUCGGCAUUGUUAGUGCGGUUUACAACCGGAAGAUUUAUUCAUGAAUACGACCCAACCCUUGAAAUGACGUACGAUAUGUGUGUUGAAAUAGAUGAGGAUCCAGCGAUUUUACACAUAACUGACACCGCAAGCACAAAUGAACCGGUAUAUCUAAGCCAAAAUGAGGGCUUCAUAGUCGUUUAUGCCAUAGACGAACCGAGAUCUUUUCAAACCGCCACGCAACUCGUCAAGCUCAUCCGGGAACUGAAGAAGCAGCGAGGUCAACAAACUGCCAUUGUUCUGGUUGGUAACAAAGUAGACUUGAGUCACUCUCGGUCGGUGUCCCAACAGGAGGCUUUAGAGUUUGCUUCGGAGUACGAAUGUUUCUUUCACGAGGCUUCAGCUGCUAGUAAUAUUAACGUGAAAGUUGCUUUCCACGACGCCGUUAGGCAGUUGCGGAUGAUUCAGUUGAACAAGAAGGCGAAUGGACCAAUGAAUUCCAUCAAGAAUUUCUUCUCGCGCAGAGAAAAUCACGAUAAAGGGCUAUUAUUUUCUACAGAAAAUGCAAACUGUAAAAAAGUAGGACGAGAAGUGGAGAAAGAUGGCUACUUUGACUAAAAUUUGCUGCUUUCCUUAAGUGAAUUCGCCUGCUUUCUCAGGACCAGUCAUCAUUUUUAAUCGCCUGGAGGGGUGGAACAGGGCGGGA